AAACAGCUGGCAACACUGAAGCAAAUUCAAGAAGUCAUCUUUUAUUUUGAGAAAUUGCAGUUUUUUGUUUAUUCUACAAAAAAUCUUGCAAAAAAAUCAAAUAAUUUCAUUUAAAGGACUUAUAUUACAUACAUUUCAUCUCGAGUAGCAAUGGGUGAUGUCCAGAUGUUAAUGGAAAUGGGUUUUCCCAAAGAAAGAGCCGAGUACGCCAUGAAAGUCACAAACUAUAAAGGCGUAGAACCGGCUAUGGAAUGGUUACUUGCUCAUGUAGAUGAAGAGAUUCCUAAAGAGGCACCGGCCAGUGCUGUGGGAGAGCAGGUUUCUCCAGCAGCCACCGAAGCACCCUCGACUUCUUCUAAUGCCACUGAGGAGGGGGUGGCGAAGUCUUUGAAAUGUGACGAUUGCGGUAAGCUGUGCAAAGAUCAAUCAGAAGUUGAGUUUCACGCUGCCAAGAGUGGCCAUAGCAACUUUUCUGAAUCCACUGAGGAGAAAAAACCUUUAACCGAGGAGGAGAAAAAACAACAAUUGGCUCUCAUUGAAGAGAAGCUAAAACUAAAACGUCUGGAACGCGAAGAGAGGGAAAAGCAAGAAGCUUUAGAAAGAGAACGCAAUCGCAUCAAAUCCGGCAAAGACAUGACAGAGGCUCGCAAACGAUUAGAGGAAAUGGAAAUGAAGAAAAUUCUAGAACAGCGGAAAAAAGAGAAGGCCGACGAAAAAGCUGCGCGUGACAGAGUGCGAGCUCAAAUUGAAUCCGAUAAGGCCCGUCGUAAAUUGACUCAACAACAAUCGCCCACAUCGGAGGCUCCAGUAGUUUCAGCUGCGGUAACUUCUACUACGCCGCCCACUGCCACAACCAUAAAAUCUCCACCCAAGGAGUACAAGGAGACUCGUAUUCAAAUUCGUUUACAGGAUGGUUCUGCUCUCACAGAAACCUUUAGCAUCAAUGAAAAUCUGUCUGCCGUACGUGUGUUCAUUCAAAUGAAAACUGGCAGUGACAUGCCCUUUGGUCUCAUGACUUCAUUUCCUCGUAAGGUCUUCAAUUAUGAUGAUUAUGAGAAACCUUUAAGUGUUUUGGGUUUAGUGCCAUCGGCUGUGCUUAUUAUGACCAAACCGAACAUGUGAAUUCCAUUAUGAAGGCUCCAGAAAUGUAAGAAAGAACGUCACAAAAAAUCAUCAAAUUGGAAAUAUUACGACCAUCUCUAUAAAUAUUUCAAGAUUCAAGAUUUUCUAAAUAAUAUAAUCGGUGUUUUUAUAUUACUUGGCAAAGUUUGAUUUUAAUUUAUAAUUUAAUAAAAAGGAAAAAUUCGACAAGAUAAAAUAAAAAAUA